CAUAUCUCCAUCCUCAGUUCCAGGCGUGGUUUGCAGAUGGGUGUGGUUCCUUGUACAAAAAAGUUUUCAUUCAACUAUGUGGACUUUGGAAACGCAGAUCUUGAACAUGACAGUCGGAGAAGCUGAAAUCUGAAGGGCAAGAGCAGGAUUUUGAAGUGGCAUGGAUUUAUGUAUGGAACAGAGGGUUUUCUGCGUGCCUUUGCAGGGCUGAAGGUGUCUGAGACUGGACAGAUUUCCAAACCCAAAGACCAGCGCUAAGAAACAUGGGUCUCCUGCAGCUGCUGAAAUCCCAGGUCUUGUGCCACUUGUUCAUCUGCUUUGUGUUUUUGGUCAGUGGUAUUAUUGUCAACAUGUUGCAGCUCUGCACUUUACCUCUGUGGCUGGUCAAUAAGCAGCUGUUUCGCAGGGUCAACAUCAGACUCGCUUACUGCAUCUCUAGCCAGAUGGUUGCUGUUCUGGAGUGGUGGUCUGGAACUGAGUGCACACUUUACACAGACCCCAAAAGUUACUCGCACUAUGGCAAAGAGAACGCUAUUGUUGUUCUCAACCACAAUUUUGAGAUAGAUUUCAUGUGUGGAUGGACCUUCUGUGAUCGGUUUGGAGUCCUUGGGAGUUCAAAAGUACUUGCCAAAAAGGAGUUGGCUUACGUUCCUGUCAUUGGGUGGAUGUGGUACUUCCUAGAAAUAGUAUUUUGCAAGAGAAAGUGGGAAGAAGAUCGAAAGACAGUAGCUCAGAGUCUACAGAACCUGCAGGACUAUCCAGAAAACUUUUGGUUCUUGCUUUACUGCGAAGGAACGCGCUUCACGCCAAAGAAACACGAGAUCAGCAUGCAGGUGGCUGAGAGCAAAGGUUUACCCAAACUGAAGUAUCAUCUACUGCCCAGGACCAAAGGAUUUUGGGUCACCGUUAAUAACCUCAGAGGAAAGGUUGCAGCAGUAUACGAUUCUACGCUGAACUUCAGAGAUAACGAAGCUCCAACAUUGCACGGAGUCUUAAAUGGGAAGAAAUACCAUGCAGAUUUAUAUGUAAGGAGAAUCCCUCUGGAGUCCAUCCCAGAGGGUGAGGCGGAGUGUGCUGCUUGGCUUCACAAGCUCUACCAGGAAAAGGAUAGCUUUCAGGAGCACUAUGCACAGACAGGCCGUUUCCCCGGACCCAUAACCAACCCUCCACGCCGACCCUGGGCACUGAUCAACUGGCUCUUCUGGUGUGGUCUUUUCUUCUACCACUUAGUCUUGUUAUUCGUUCAACUCCUCAGCUCCGGGUCGAUGCUGACAAUCACAGCGUCUCUGGCAUUCUGCGUCGCAGUGUCAGUGGGAGUUCGUUGGAUGAUUGGCCAGACUGAGAUUGACAGAGGAUCAACCUAUGGGAAUAAAGGUGUUCCAUUAAACAAUAACUAGUGUACUAUUAGAUCCUGACACAUGCUCAGCUGUUGCUUCACACAGCUACUGCAGACAGAUGAAGAACAACCAAAUGACAGGAUUCAGUUGCUCCAACAAGCUCCAACCUGCCUCAAAGCACAGUGUUUUCCAUUACCUGCUCCAGACGCUCAAGAUCAUGAACCAAGAUAGUGUCAGAUAUGUAAGAAAAAAUAAUGCAAGACAAGACGAAUAAGCAUUGGAACACAUUCUACUCUGAUCACAGGAGAAAUAUUUGAACAAUUAGAAGAUAUUUUCAUAGCAACUAAAACUGAAGUUCAGAUUACAGGAACUGCUCUUUACCACAAACUGACACAGCUUGAAAAACUUGAAAAGCUCUGUAUCAACAUGACGUUUACAUCUUAGUAAGAUGUGAAUCGUUGCCAGCGUUUGAAUGCACUGUGUUUAAAAAGAGUAUGCGUUUUUUUUAAUGUACAUAACCAAAAGCAGCCUCUGAAACUGAUGUAGCCUAUGAUGUACGACAAAACUCUUGCGGUCUAACAAGUUUUGAUUUAACUUCUGCAGAUCAGGAUGGUACUGGUCUGUUUUUACUUUCUCCUGUCCUUAUAAAAUAAAGCAGGAGAGGGCAGAGGCUGCUGAUGAGUGUAAGCACUUAACAUCACACUGAAUAAUUCAGUAGCUGCUACAGUACAAAUAAUGAGUAUCAGGGACUAAAGAAACUGUUUGUAUUUGUAAAUAACGUCAAAGGUGUUUUACUCCUGUCACAUUCUGCUGGUUGAGAUAAAUAAAAAAAAGAGUCUCCACCCAAGACA